CUUGGGAUCUGUUGUGAUGUCACAUUAUAUGUAGUGACGUCAUGUGACUACUGUCAGGAUCUUAAGCCGAGUAACAUUGUCGUGAAGACGGACUGCACGCUCAAGAUCUUGGACUUCGGUCUGGCGCGCUCCACCGGCACAUCGUUCAUGAUGACGCCCUACGUGGUGACGCGCUACUACCGCGCCCCCGAGGUAAUCCUCGGCAUGGGCUACAAGGAGAACGUCGACAUCUGGUCCAUCGGCUGCAUCAUGGGCGAAAUAAUCCGCGGCGCCGUGCUGUUCCCCGGCUCCGACCACAUUGACCAGUGGAACAAGAUCAUCGAACAGUUGGGCACGCCGUCCAAGGAGUUCAUGGAGCGCCUGCUGCCCACCGUGCGGAACUACGUGGAGAACCGGCCCCGCCACCCGGGCUACAGUUUCGAACGCCUCUUCCCCGACAUGCUGUUCCCCGACGACAACACCGAGAACGGCAAGGUCAAAGCGUCGCAGGCGCGUGACCUGCUCUCCAAGAUGCUGGUGAUCGAUCCGGAGCGACGCAUCUCCGUGGACGAGGCGCUCCGGCACCCUUACAUCAACGUCUGGUUCGAGGACCAGGAGGUGAACGCGCCACCGCCUGGCCCGUACGACCACUCUGUGGACGAGCGGGAGCACACAGUGGAGCAGUGGAAGGACCUCAUCUACAAGGAGGUGAUGGACUACGAGAGCGUCCACAACUCGAUGGGCCUGGCCAACGCCAACGUGGAGGCCGCCAACGCCGUAGCGCCGGCUGUGCCACGCAGGUAGGACUCGGCCGACUGGUGGACAAAAUGGCGCGUGAAGAUGGGAUGGUGCCAGCCUCCGUGAGUGACGCUCAGUCACCUAGUGGACGGCACGGCGCGGCCGAGCUGAUGACGUCAGUGGACGGCGAAUACGUCAUCGGGCGGGAAGCACUCCAGCCGGCCGACCGAAACUUCACGCCGCCUGUCCACCAAGCGAUAGAAACUGACUGUACAUACGACCAUUCCGAGAACUAGUGUUUUACAAUUGAGGUGAUAGAUGUCGCCCGCGGAGGCGGCGGCCCACCGCUCCGAAUGAGUAGCGAACUGGCUAUCUAGGCACUAACCAAUCGUGAUUGUUGUUAAUUUGUAGCGGUACUUACCACGUCUCGCGUUCCUUCUGGCUUCAAUAGGCGUGCGCUGACACGCUGUCGCCCGGCUGCAGCCUUUGUGCCGCGGCUGGUGCCCGUCCCGGCCAGGCUGGCACACGGCUGCCGUCCCGGCCGCAUGGCCCGUCCGCCGUCGUGUUGGUCACCCUCCCGGACCUCUUCGGACGGCGGAGCGCCCGCUCCAAUAAUGGUGUAGCACCGGUGGACCGUGUGGAGCCGGAGCCCGUGGGGUCCGGUUCGCCGUCGCGCUGCUAGGCACGGAACGGGGCCGGUCCCGGUCAGCACAGAUAGCAUCCGGUGUUCGGCAGGCACUCUUUGGCACGCUGGUGACGGCCUGGGAUGCGACCACUGCUCCUGCGCCCAGUCGACUGAUUUGUGUGCAUGACCGUGUAUGCAAUUCCUGACUUACGCGAGGACGCCAUUUUUAGUCGGAAUGGUGUUGUUUUGAUUAAGCUUUCUGUUUUAAAUGCGCACACUCAUGCCGUGACCCAUGGAUUGUUAGGCGCGAUUUCAGCGGCGGUUAUGAUCUGACCGGGCCCGCAGUGGUAGAUUUUACUUGGACAGUCAAAUGUUAUCGGUUGUUUGUCGGAGGGGAGCGGUUUCGUUGUACACUGACGCCCGGUGGCCACGACUUGACUGUGGUGCUUCGUUUGUUUUACGCCCGCCCGUGAGUGCGCUUAUUUGCAUCACUGAAACCGGGCGCACUCGAGCUCCGGGCCCUCGAAGACUGCCGCGGGCGGGAAUCCCGCCCGCGGCGGCGUUGUGCUGGCUGGCGGCCGUCCCGGGUCGCUUGGGCUGCGGCUGGGCGCGGUCGUC